GCCUGAUAGCGACCGCGCGCCCUUCUCCGUAGGCGGCAACUAUCACUCCUCUAAGCACUUCUUAGCACAGUACAGUCAAGACCUGGGAAGCGGUCCGCUGGUCGCGCCAGCUGCGUGGGCUGUCAAACCUUCGUCCAUGUCUGGUUACCAUAAGAACCAAGACCAGUAUGUGUAUGAUUCCGAAGCCACAAGACCGAAUCAGCUUCCGAGUUACGGGGGCAUUGCACAGCCUUCAUUCGCGUCGCAAUACACCGACGCGCCCACACGUUUGUCCCAUGAACCUGCGAAUGUAGAAAUACCAUUUAUCCCUAGUUCGACGUACGAGUCACGCGGCACGGGCUAUCCAGCCGAUUCCUCUUUUAUCGCUGCAAAGUCUCGUCAUCCCGAUACCUACACUCUCACCGAGUCCGAAAUAAGCGAACGUAUCCAUCCUUCGCAAGGCGUCGCUGGUUCCAAAGUGCUUCUGCACCUACGGACGAGAUUUGAUCUUGAGGCUGACCCGCUCAAAUUUACCAUCAUGUUUGGGGAACAGAAGUGCGUUGCCGCACUGCAAAAGAUGGACCAAGAUGACGAGUUCUACCACUACGCUCUCAGCGUCGAAGUUCCUCCCUUCCCGCUCACCAACUCCUUCGACCCGACGAUGAUGCUCAAGUUGCAGAUGGAAGGCAGAGAUGGGCGGCUAGGAACCCCAAUCAACGCUGGAAAAUUCACGUUUAACGAUAUGGCUGAUCCGCAGUUCCAAACUUCCCCAGACGUUGCCAGGAUGAAGCGCAAACUUUCCAGUGAUUACACUGAAGACUACUCAGAUCAUGCCGCCAAACGCACACAAUCCAUACGCUUUCAAGCAAAACCACGAGCAAUGUCUGGCACGUACUCAGCAGCCUCCGUGUCACCGCUUCCAGCACAAUCAUCCCUGUCCAACCCGUAUGGAUACGGAGGAGGAUACGACAUUGCCAAGCAGACGAGCUAUACUCCUCAGAUGUCUCAAAAAGGUCUUUAUGCUGUACCCUCUGGCAGCAGUAUCUCGCAGAACGAUAUGAAGCCGCCGCAGAUGUCGCCGAACCUAUCGUCCUAUGGUCAAUACAGCUCCCUAGGACAGAGAAGCCCCGCCUCUAUGGCUGUCACCCCAACCCGAUCCACUGUGCAUUCUUCGCCGUCGGCUCUUCCAACACCGGUGCUGGUACGAGCGACGACACUGCCGCAGUCUGCAGCUGCGCCUUCCGGCCAACCAUUCAAUCCGUAUCUGAUGUACCCAACGAAGGCGGUCCUCAAGAUCGAUGGAGAUCUGGACACAAUGAUUGACAACUGGACCCAGGACGAGCGAGACGCCCAGCGCCGCCUUGUAGAGUUCAAGAGAUCUCAAUCUGGCAGUACCAUUACCACGUCUUUCGCUCCGAUAACUCUUGAGACCAGACAAUCGCGUAGCAUAUGCGUCAGCUGCAUCUACUGGGAAGAGAAAGACGAGUGCUUCAUCACCAGCGUGGACACCAUCUAUCUUCUCGAGCAGCUAGUCAAUGUACGGUUCACGGUCGAAGAGAAGAAUCGCAUCCGGCGCAAUCUGGAAGGCUUCCGUCCGCUCACCGUGUCAAAGGCGAAAUCUGAGAGCGAGGAAUUCUUCAAGGUCAUAAUGGGCUUUCCAAACCCUAAGCCGCGCAACAUCGAGAAAGACGUGAAGGUGUUCCCCUGGAAGAUAUUGGCGCAUGCGCUCAAGAAGAUCAUCAGCAAAUAUACCGCAAAUUACUCCUCGACAGCCGGCGCCGGCUCCCACCCUGUAGGAUCUAGCUCGGGCUACGGUCAAGUCCCUAUCUCGCAGACGACCGGAGACGUCCAUCGCAAUACCUCGCCGCGAUCGAUAUCCAGCUCGGUGGCUUCUGCCGCGUACACUCCCAGCAUACACUCGACCAGCCUCUCACCACACCUCAGAACGUCAGCAGGCAUGGAUGGAUCAGCAGGACACAACCUAUCGAUCGCGCCGCGAGGUCCCACAGGGCAGGUUAUGAGUCAGUGGGGGACCUCGACUCGUCACCAGGUACCGCAGUACACAACAGGGCUUACCCCAGGGCGCGACUCCUGGGAGUACGGCUAUCUCCAAACUUCCUCCGCGGCGGGAGUGCCUGCGGCCGCGCAACCGAUGCAGAUGCAGCGCUCCGAUAUCACGCCCGAGCUGAACCAGCUCUCAGCCGAUAACCCAUACCAACAAUACGGGCAGCGCACAACACGAGUGUAGCAUCGACGCCUUUCGAUACUCUGCGGAGUGGAGCAGGCGCGUCGUCGUGCUCGAUAAUGGUGGUGAGCAUGCACGUCGGGUGAUCUACGCCGUCCUCAUGAUCCUCCCACGCGAUGCCCGAUUUCGCCUAGCACCACCUCCUCCACACCCUCUUCCGCGCGUAGUCUGCCUCGCGUCGCACACAGCGCCCGCGCCCUUGCUUCAUAGAGUUUCUUUCCUAUCGAC